AUGUCCGGUGAACGUGUCUUCUUCGACAUGCAUCCAAUUGAAAGUAACAUAUACGUCACAGCAGAGGAGUGUAUUAGCCCCAUAUUUGACCCAAACCUUUCAAGCCCUAGGUUUACUUUAAGCAUCCGCGCCAUUCAAAGAAUCCGUUCGGACUCUAACGCCGAUGAGGACAUCAGAGUAAUACACAAUUCUUUCCAAGAAAUCUCGCACCACUUCGACCCGCUACGAGCAUCCGCAGGCGAACGGGAGGCGACCGUGACGGGCAUGUUACUAUUCCACUUAAACAUUCCGUUCUCCAUUGACGUGGGAGAAGACGAUGUGGAUAAUCUGUUUUGGAACGUUCUUGACUCUCGUGAACAAGAAGCCUUGCAUGGUGGCCUCUACGAGGUCGUGAUGAGGAUAUCGGAGGUCGCCGCACGUAGCGCCGGUGAUACUGUCUACAAUCGGGCUGUGAUAUUGAUAUGGAUUGAGAGGCGCUCGACUGUCCCACAUGAAGAGUUUCAAAGGUUGGCUGAACAUUCAAGAGUACUCCCACUUGUUAUUGAUAAUAAUGAUGGUGAUGAUGAAGUUUAUGAUGAUGGUGAUGGUGAUGAAGAUCCAUUCGGCUGGGUUUUUCAGAAUUUUGGCGAGUCCAGAUCUAUGCCGGGGGCGGCGGAUGAGUCGGUGGUGGAGGCGUUGGAGAGGUUGACAUAUGAGGAAGUUAGUGAUCAUGAUGAUCAUCAUAAUCAUGAUGAUGAGUCAAAGUUAAUGACGUGUGUGAUUUGCACGGAAGAAGUGAUGAUUGGGUCCCAACUCAUACACAUGCCUUGCGCUCAUCAGUUUCAUGAAGAUUGCAUUCUGCAGUGGCUAAAGAAGGCAAACUCAUGCCCUCUCUGUCGUUUCAGUUUGCCUUCUAGUAAUAAGCGUUCAGUGUCUCUUUUAAUUCCAGAUUAA